GUGGGAAACAUCCUAGAUUCCUAGCACUACGGUCCCGGUAAUCGGCGUAAGGACGGUCGCAUUCGGUAGUAAGCUUCCGAACGGCACAAGAACCACGCGUCAAUCAUCAUCACGCGCGCCUCAGAAUAUCUGCCUGCUUCCCAACUGACCGAGUGACCGAUAAACACCAACAGGCAGUAGCAGUGGCAGCAGCAGCAGCAGCAGCAGGAGAAGGAAGCGAAAAACAUCCAAAUCGACAGCACGAAAUCACGGUUGUGUGGUGGUGGUGGAAAUUUUCUAUUGCGCGGCUGCUGUACUGGCCCCCUGCCAGGCGGCCCUGUGUAAUCAUCAGCAAACAGCGUCAUCAUCAUCAUCAUCAUCAUCAUCACCCGUAGUCGACACCUUCGACGAUAGUGGCGUGGCGUGAGGCAAUUACGCCGGUGAAAAAAGCAUUGAAGAUCCGGCGCGAGGGGGGAAAAUCACAUACACGCAAAAUAAGCGCACACAGCACCACGGCGGAGUGAGUUGAACGAGCGGAUGGACGAGCAACAAACGGGGCUUUUGCUCUCAUGUUAGGCAGUUGAAUAAAAUGCGAUCACUCGCAAGGCAUCGUUGAUCACACGAUCAUGUUCGAGCGACGGCUUUAUCUGCUCGUUGUGGUUUGUCUGACGCUCGUGCUGACGAUAUGGCAGACGAUCUCACCGCACGAUGUUACCGUCUACCGGGAUGCGACCUCUCCAUACCUGCCCGCCGGUCAGUUCGCUCUCGCUGCGUCAGCCUCGGUAUCCUUGGGCAAACAAAUCGACCAACAAAAGCUCCCGUACGAUAGCGGCGAAAGCAAUGCGAUCGAUGACAGAAGAUCCGCCAUCGAUGCGUUACCACCGUUCGGUUACGGCGGCAGAGAGCUUAGCAAUGGCGGAACCAGCGGUACAUAUCUCACAAAUCAAACGUCACCGGGUUGGUUGGUGGCCGCCGCUGUAGCUGCAUCGCCUGCCGGCACCCGCACAGUAACACCGGGUGCACACCGAUGGCAUAACGGUAUCGAACGGGAGGUGGGCAAUGGUGCGGAGCCAGGCUCGCAUAAAGCCCCAACCAGUAGCAGUAGCGUUAGCAGUAGUACACAGUCGACAGUAUCGUUAACAGUAGCUAGCUCGUGGGGAGAUUCGUUGCCAAAUGAUGACUACACUAGUCUAAUCGAUCUGAAGGACUUUAAGUUCACGAUAAACUAUGAUUACUGCGGGACGGGGAUGGGUGGAAACAGAAGAAGACGUAGCCUUAAGCGUGCAGAUGCCUUACGGGGCACGCGGUCAUCUGCGACGGCGUCGCCACCGCUAGUGUUAGUUCUCAUCCACUCGGCGCCAGCUAACCUGGCCAAGCGGAAUACGAUCCGGGCGACCUGGGGCGAACCGGACGAUCGGGCCCGUCUGCUCUUUCUAAUGGGCGCAGUCAAUUCCAGCGCAAGUCAGCGAUCGAUCGAGCGCGAAUCGCGCCUGCAUGACGAUAUUGUGCAGGGGAACUUUGUCGAUGCGUACCGCAACAUGACCUACAAGCAUGUGAUGGCACUGAAAUGGUUCGUCUAUCACUGCCCCGGUGCACGCUACGUGCUCAAGACGGACGAUGACGUGUUCAUCAACACGCCCGUGCUGUACAAUGCGUUGGCGAGGGUUGCGCCGCAGCGCAACCUGCUGCUGUGCCAGCUGGUGACGAAGCUGAGCGUCAAGCGGACGUACCGUUCGAAGUGGUUCGUCAGUUGGCGCGAGUACCCGGCACGGUACUAUCCACCGCACUGUCCAGGCUACUCGAUCCUCUACUCACCGGACGUGGCGUGGCAGCUGUACCGCGAGGCACAGCGCCAGCCGUUCUUCUGGAUCGAUGAUGUUCACAUCACCGGUACGGUGGCACAGCAGGUGAACGUCACCAUCACGCCAAUGGAUGGCCUGUAUCUUGAUAGUGAAGCGAAGAGUGACCUUCUUGGUAAACGGGUUGAUGCUAGCCGUGCGGGGUUCUUUUUCACCAAUCCCAACCUAUCGAUGGAUGAGAUUCAACGGCUCUGGGAAACGGUCCGUCCUGGUCGAUAGCAUGCGCAUGGCAAUGGCGAAACCCGUCUUACAUGAUGUUUGUGAUAAGGAGUUUGAGGGUACGGCAUGAGGCAAAGGAUUGCAUUGGUCAAUUUUAUUUUCAAACGCAAAUUUUGCACCUUUUUAUGGCAUUUGACAGAUUUUGAGAGAUUUGAGUUGAUCUUUAUGAAGUCGAUUUUUGGCGUUCCCAUUACGCCUUGACGAUUUAUGUUACUAUUGGUUGUUUUUUUUAUUUCUUCAAAGUAAACUUUUUCUGUUGUAUUGUUGUUUUUUUUUACAAAGUCACUCACUAUUGAGGGCUAUUGCUACAGUUUUCUUAGAAAUUCAAGUCCAUACCAUCCAUACAAAGUACAUGAAUUUGAUUGAGCAUUAUUUUUGAUACGUUUUUGAAAUGAUUGAAGAAAAGUUCCUUAAGCCACUCAGUGUUUCAUUCAAAAAUGUAUCGCGAUUGUGAUGGUUAUGUGAUUAGCGGCUGUUUAUUGCACGAUAAUGCUGAUCCGUACCCUGCGUUGGUCCAUUUUUAUUUGGCAAAUACUGGCACUGUCUCUUUCAAACACAUUAAUUUGCCCAUGUAUGCAUUCAGCCGAGAAGCUUCAGGAGAAGGGUAAUAAGUAAAUUGUGCAUUCUAGGAAUUAAAAACAGCACCUAAACCAAAACAAACUAAGUAUAAUGUGAAUAGAAGAAUGAACAAACUUGCAUAGGCGUAUGCCAUGGAAUUAGGAAAUGCAAUCCAACGCUCAAAGUUCUUAAUAGGGAAAGAUAGUUCAAUAAACCGUCGUAUGUAUUGUGUUUACGAAAAAUAAAUGCCAUAUAUAUAUUUAUAAUCUUAGGACUCGCACUGCUGCUCAGGAUCGGGAUAGGUUCAGUGUGCGCCUAAAAUAAACUGUGUGUGAAAGAAGAAGAAAAAAUCCGUGUAGGGUGGAACCGUGUGCACAAUUAGGAAUCUAAUACUUAACAUAACUUGUCGACUGUUUUAAUCGCUAGCUUUGUAGCAUAUAUGCAAUAUGCAAAAAUAUGCACUAUGAUUGUGUCGAUCGAUCAUGUUCAUCAUGAUCAUGAAUGAACGGCAAGUGCAUAGAUUGUUGGAAAUGAACGAGAUACUAUAGAACACUAAGGAAAAAUGAACGUUAACAUGAAUACGACCAUCACAUACGAAUGUCUGAAUGAAUGUCGAAUGUGGAUGAAGUGGAAUUAAAAGCCGACAUCUACGAAAUUAGCCACGGCGUACAUGUGGUCGGGGUAGUGUAUAUAAAAGAAACAAACCUAAGAGCUUUGAAUCGAUUUAUAACUAUUUUGUUAAAUUUUGUGAUUUUUGUGAUAAACGUGUGCUAGGUUUAUUGUUGUAGAGCGGCAAACAGCGAGUUAUAUGUAUAUGGUUCGGUGGUUUUAAAGCUCACUAACAAGAGGAAUUGUAAUUUUAUUUGUUGCAUGGCCUAACUUUACCACUUGUUGCAAAACCUAGUUUAAAAAGUUUUCCUAUUUCUUCGUUUACCUUGCGGUAGGAAGAUAGGAAAGGAAUACUAUCUCAAUUUUUUUUAAUAUAAUUUGUUUUUUUUUAGUCUGUUAUUUUGAAAAGUUUUUAAAAUCAUGUUCACAAAAUUUAGUAAACGAUCCCUCUAAUUAGCUUCGCACCAGGUAUGAGUAGUAUCAAAUGCACUACACGUUAGCAGACAUUUAUUAUCUCUUAUCCUUCAGAUCCAUUUUCCUUCAAGCGUAAUUUUGUAGAUCGUGCUCUUCAACGCAACGGUUCUAUAGCUUGUUAUUGAGACUAAAUAGUAGUGUGGUCAAGAAUAUAUAUAUAUAUAUGUAGAUAAGCAGAAUAGGUUUCCAAGUUUUCUAUUCCAUUUCCUUCUUUCCAGCGAGAACUGAGUACAAUCUAAAUUCUACAAGUGAGCGCGUUUACUCGUCAUUCAGAAAUAUAUAACUGCAAGCAGUUGCAAGAAAAUAUGCGGUGGGAUAGCAAAUGUAGGAGAAAUUAACAUUAAAAUCUUCCAACGUUUCGUAGCAUUUCAAAUUCUAGCGCAAAACGUGUAUUAAAAUUUGCUGUCCGACAUUUGCGGUGUAACAUAGUCCGUUGAUAGUAUUGAGCAUAACCGAACACUUUAUUCGGUACACGGUUUUUUUCCAUCAACUAAUGAUAUCGGUAGGGCACAAUGUACUAAAUUCCGACAUACUGUAGCAAAACCUAUCGUUCCAGUAUCCCUUUCAUGUUAUAAACAAUAUUAUUCAAUCUUGGGAGCAAUACGAGACAACUAGAAUCUUACUGCAAGGGAAAAAAUCGUCGUUCAAAUGAAGAUCAAACUUACAUAAAGGAAGAAAUUUACCUAACCGUUAAUGUAGCUAGAAAAAAAAACCUCUAUUUCCUGUUAGUGUAGCAUAAAGUAUGUGCGUGAGUGAAGCCGAAUAGUGAACGAAAUGAUAUUGAAAUUGAAUGAAACAAUUAGACGAUUGAUACUUGUGUGAAUCUAUUGAUAUAUUUUAAAAAAGUUUAUUGUGCGAAACUGAGUAAAAGUGAUGGAUCUUCGCGCAGAGAGAGAGAGAGAGAUAGAGAGAGAAGUUUGGAAUGGAAUUAUUGGACAUAGGAAGAUAAUACUGAUAGCAAUGCUCGAACUGUAAUUUCAUGCGAAUAAAUGACUGCGAAGCAAAUAGUUUGUAUGUCGACAAAAAGGACAAACAAAGAAAA